CUUUUUUUUCUCCCAUUUAAUUAAUAUAAAAUGUACAACGGUAUUGGAUUGACAACACCUAGAGGAUCUGGCACAAACGGAUAUGUCACAAGAAAUUUAUCAUUUGUUAAACCACCUCCACAACGAAAAGACGAACCCAAGGAAGAAUCAGGACCCAAGUUGAAAAAGGCAAAUGCAGCUAUUCUUGAACACAACCGAAAGAGACAAGUAGAAGUCAAGUGCAUGGAACUACGCAUCAAGCUUGAAGACGAAGGAGUGGAUGACGAAGAGAUUGAAACAAGAGUUGAAGAAUUAAGAGAAAAACUGCUGCAAGAGUCACAACCUAUUGAUGCUAAAAAAUUAAAAGAACAUGACGUUCAUGAAUUAGCCGCAGCUAAAGAAAAAGAAUUAGAAAAGAUGAGACGAGCACUUAGGAUCAAGGAAGAUCGUGCAGAAGGUGCAGCAUUUCGUUAAAGAAUAAACACUUCUUCUUAAGAGCAUUUCACAAUCAGAUUGAUCUUUACAUAUUAUUAUAUAUUGAUAUCAAAAAAACGGGGG